UCGAAACGAUACUAUACGCAUGUAAAAGUUCACGUAACAUAUUGGUUCACGACUGGUCUCGGAGGCACCGCCGCUAUAACAAUUUACGGCUUAGGACGCGUUAAGCAUUUUAUCUACAUACACUUUUGUAGAAGUGCGAGUGGUGUCAGUGUGUGGUUCUUUAAGUAGAAAAAAUCGCAGUUUUCUAAAAAUUUUAAAUAGCAACAUAUACCAAUCUUGAGUUUUUUAUAAAUUAUUUUUAAAGAGGUAGCAAACUGCUGCAAAUGUCAGGCGUGGAUCAGAUGAAAAUAUCAGGAAAUACAGCAAAAUCGGUUGAGGAGCGUAAUAUACCAUGGAGCCAACAAGUUGAUGAGGCAUCGUAUGAAAAUUUAUCUUCUCCAAGCGAUGAAUUCUCUGUACAUGAAAACUCGAUGCAAUUCCAAUAUCCGCCGUUUAACCUUAAAGAGAACUAUAAUUUACCAUGGAGUAACAUGAAGGGUCGACAAAUUUCUACAGACCAUGAUUCAUAUAAAAGACAUGGACAUAGUAUUAUUAAUAAUACACGACGAGACGACCACCAAAUACCUUCUUGGAAUCCAAAAAAACUGUUUGAAACGAGUUGUGCACUUCAGCCAAAUCGUAAUGAAAACGAAUACCGGUCAACACAAAUUGACAACCGCACAUGCGAUGAAGCAGAAUUUCAUGGAGCUGUGGCAGCACCCAAAAAGACAACCUGGGCGUCUAUUGCAUCGCAGCCGGCUAAACUGUCAUCAAGAGCUGCAUCGACUACUUCCAAUCAUAAAAAAAAGGGUCCUGGUAUGCCACCACCACCAAUGGUACCCGGAAAACACAAUUUAGAUGUUAAUGUAUGGGACUUACCAAACAAUAAGCCACCGCCUGUACCGACACCAACAUCACCGAUUGAUUUGGUUUAUUCUGAUUUUAACUCGGAUUUUUCAAAAUCAUCCAACACAGAGCCUCUUCUAGGGGCACGAUCUGAAAAGGCUUAUAAAGACUCGGAAAAUUUGCAUAAUUACGAGAACAAAAGUUUGGCUAACAUAAGUAAUUCCAGCAGAAUAAAGGUAUCUCCAAAAUGCCAAACUCGCAAAAAUUUGGGAGCACAUCCAGUUCAUCAGCCAGUAGGUCCUCAAUUGAGUAAUUUGGAAACUCACGGGUCAUCUAUCCGACGACCCGAAGGUGUUAAUCUUACAAAUCGGAAUACUGACCGUACAGGCAGCUUUUCUAGUUCCCGCAGUGAUUUUGAAAGUACAUCCAAGUGUAAAUAUCUGGAUCAAAACAGUUCUCGACCAAUAGAACCGCCUGUAACUGAAGAGAUUCCUGUUGAUCCACAAUUACUGUUGGAAGAAUUAAAAGACAAAAACAAUUACAAUCCAAAACUAAUGGACUUAAACAAAGCCACAACAGCACGUUUUUUUGUCAUCAAAUCGUAUUCUGAAGAUGAUAUCCACCGUAGUAUAAAGUACGAAAUUUGGUGCUCAACUGAUCAUGGAAAUAAGCGAUUGGAUGAUGCUUUCAAAGAGAGACAUAAAGAAGGUGGAGAUAUUUUGCUCUUCUUUUCUGUGAAUGGGUCUGGCCAUUUUUGUGGGAUGGCGCAGAUGAUGACUCCAGUAGAUUACAAUUCUACUUCAAGCGUUUGGUCUCAAGACAAAUGGAAAGGCAAGUUUAAGGUAAAAUGGAUAUAUGUAAAAGAUGUACCUAAUGGGAAACUCCGCCACAUCCGUCUGGAAAACAACGACAACAAGUCAGUGACGAAUUCUAGAGAUACCCAGGAAGUGCCAAAUGACAAAGGCAUUGAGGUGUUACAAAUAUUGCACUGCUACGACCAUAUUACGUCCAUUUUCGACGAUUUUUCUCACUACGAGAAGAAACAAGAAGAAGAAGUCUCUUCGAAGCGUCCGCCAAUGCAUGUCCAUGAUGGCAAUAAUCAUGUCAAACCACCUUUAAGUCGCAGUUUUAGUCGAAACUGUGACAAUAAAGAAAGGGAACGCGAUAACCGCGGCAGUGUCAUGUCCCAAAAACAUUUCAUCGCUGGAGGAGCUAGUUUCCGUAAUGUAGUUCAUAAAAGUGCCUCGGGAAGCGGGGGCUUUAACAUCAACUACACUGAAUAUCGUCGUGGCUUUGACAUAAAAAAAACUUUUAGUAGUGGUUAUCACUUAAAAAAUAGAGAAACCGUGGAAUUUGAGAGAGAAAACGAAUGUGGAAGUCAGCAUGUUUCGAAAAACAGAAAAAAUGAAUAUCAACAAAAUAAUGCCAUUAAAAGCAAUUUAAAAAAUCGUGAUCGAGAUUUCAGUACUGAACAAAUGAAAAUCGACGUACGCUUUCGUACUGGUCUGUGCACAUCCAAGGAUAUGACAAGAAAUACUGAUAAAGGUCCGAAGCAAUGAAUAUCAAUUAAGCAUAAGUUUGCCAAGAUUCAGUAAGAUUAUUUUUCCAAAUAAUAUUGAAUGGAUGGCUCCCAUAAAUCUACGAAAUUUUAAGAUGUAAAAGUUUAACAUUUUUUAACUAUUGUGUGUAUAGGAAAAAGCCCAUUUCAUGAUAAAUAUAGAAAAUAACACCAAACAAGUGGGAAUUAGGAUAAAUGAUUAAAA